AUGGCAACUGAUGGUGAAGGGUUAGGAGGAAAAGAUGAUGAUAUGGAAGGACGAGGAGCUACAAUUGGCUUUGAGGUUGAAGGAGAAAGAGACGAUGGAGUUUUUGUUGAAGGGGAUGGAGAAGAGGGAACAAUUAGUUUAGAGGGUGAAGGAGAAGGAGAUGGAGUGUGUGAUAAAGAAGGACGAGGUGAGGAGUUAAUUGAAUUUGAAAGAGCAGCUGAAGGAGAAGGAGAUGGUGUUUGUGAAGAAGGAGGAGGGGAGGAGUUCAUGGCACCUAAUGGUGAAGGGGUAGGAGGAAAAGAUGAUGAUAUGGAAGGACGAGGAGCUACAAUUGGCUUUGAGGGUGACGGAGAAAGAGACGAUGGGGUUUUUGUUGAAGGCGAUGGUGAAGGAGAUAAAGAUGACGUUGCUGAAGGAGAUGAACUUUGUGAUGGACUCGGAUGUACGGAGUUAUUUUUUGCAUUUGAAGGUGAAGGAGAAGAGGGAACUAUUGGUUUAGAGGGUGAAGGAGAAGGAGAUGGAGGUGAAGGAGAAAGAGAUGAUGGAGUUUUUGUUGAAGGUGAUGGUGAAGGAGAUAAAGAUGACGAUGCUGAAGGAGAUGGACUUUGUGAUGGGCUCGGAUGUAAGGAGUUAUUUUUGGCAUUUGAAGGUGAAGGAGAAGAGGGAACAAUGGGUUUAGAGGGUGAAGGAGAUGGAGAUGGAGUGUGUGAUAAAGAAGGACGAGGUGAGGAGUUAAUUGAAUUUGAAAGAGUAGCUGAAGGAGAAGGAGAUGGUGUUUCUAAAGAACGAGGAGGCGAGGAGUUCAUGGCACCUAAUGGUGAAUGGGUAGGAGGAAAAGAUGAUGAUAUGGAAGGACGAGGAGCUAUAAUUGGCUUUGAGGGUGAAGGAGAAAGUGAUGAUGGAGUUUUUGUUGAAGGCGAUGCAUUAGAAGGUGAAGGCGAAGAGGGAACAAUUAGUUUAGAGGCCGGUGAAGGAGAAGGAGAUGGGGUUUGUGAUAAAGAGGGACGAGGUGAAGGGCUAGUUGAUUUUGAAGGAGUAGGUGAAGGAGAAAUUGAUGAUAUAGGCGAUGGAGUUGUGUUGCCAAACGAUUUUGUUGGUGAAGGAGACGGUGGUAAUGUAGGAGAGGAAGAUUGUGGUGAAGAAAGCGAUGGAGAUGGAGAAUGUGAAGGUGGCGACCUGGGUGAUAAAAUAUUUGGUGGUGUUAAUUGUGAAAGUGGUGGUGGCGGUGGGCGGUUACUGGGUUGCAUAGGUCGGGAAGGAGUUUGUGGGGGUGGUGGAGGCGGGUUAUUAGGUCGUUUUGGACGAGAGGGAGUUCGUGGGGGUGGUGGUGGAGGCCGGUUAUUAGGUCGUGUAGGACGAGAGGGAGUUCGUGGGGGUGGUGGUGGGGGGUUAUGA